GUUUGGUAAAAUUAUUGCUCUUUUUCGAAAUAUCAAUGGUAAUUUAAAACCGAAACGAAAGCAAUACCGUUCGAUAAGAUAAAAUAGCCCAUACAUAUUAUUCAAUAAAAGACGAUUUACGUUUAAAAUCAACUCAGUUGAAUUCAUCGACGAGAACAGUUAUACAGCGACCGUUGACGCACACGGAGCGUUCUAACCGUUGAAUAUAAUUAAAGAGAAAUUUUGAUAACGAAGUCAUAACGAUUAGAAGAAAUAAGUAAAUAAAAGAAGAUUUCUGUAAUCUGUGCAAAACCAAUACACAAUAAAUAUGGGCGCUACGAUUUCGGUGCAACCCGGUGCUGUUUUCCAACACGAAACCUGGGUACAUUCGUCACCAUAUCAGCCUGUGCCACCAUUCGCCGUUAUUGGUGGACGCGACAGUGAUGGCACUCCCAUCUAUGUGGGCCGUUCAUUCCACGAGGGCGAUAACCUACCGGCCAAAGUGGUACCGAGCAAAGGAUGCGGUUAUGUCUGCUGGGGCGGUAAGGAAAUACAAAAAACACACUAUGAGCUGCUAGUGGGUCAAGGCUAUGCUUGGGUAACAUGUUAUGGCGGUUCUGUGCCGCCCAAUGCUGUGCGCAGCGGUACCACACGCAACGGUGAGCCAUUGUAUAUAGGUCGUGGACAUUAUGCGAACAGUUUAACCGUUGGUAAAAUACAUCCAUCGCAUGGCUGCUUGUAUAUACCGUUUGGAGGUAAUGAAGUGCGUCUUGACUCAUACGAAGUGCUCAUCAGACAGGCCACAGAUCAAUGGGUGCCCACAACACCACACCACGUGCCGCCGAAUGCUGUCGUUGGUGGCUACGAUUCUGAUCGAGCGCCUAUCUAUGUGGGUCGUGCCAUGCAUGAAGACCUCAAAUGGGUGCAUUCGUCCGCAUACGCCUCCAUUCCACCAAAUGCCGUACUUGGCGGUAACGACUUUGACGGCGAUACUAUCUACGUCGGUCGCACAUUUCACAAUGGCGAUACUCUAGUGGCACAGAUUGUGCCCAAGAAGCAAAUUGCAUUUGUAUCAUGGCAUGGAGAAGCAAUUCCCAAGGAUCAUUUUGAGGUACUCUGCGGCACAAAUCUUACCUGGCGACAAUGUUAUGAUCAUGUUAUACCAGAGAAUGCUGUAAUUUGUGGCAAGACAGCCCUGGGCCAACCAGUUUAUAUUGGGCGUGGACAUUAUGAAGGCAGUUUGAGUGUUGGAAAAGUUUCAUCAGUUCAUCGCGCCUUAUUCAUACCAUUUAAAACUGCCGAACGUCGUUUGGAAUCUUAUGAAAUUCUAGUGGAGCAAAAACGCAGUGAAGGCUGGGCAGUUGGUGAUACAACAACAACACCACCACCACCACCACCACUACCAACAGAAGAAAUGAAACCAUCAUAUCCCGUACCCCCCAUUGUGGAUGUAAAACCAUAUAUACCACCACAAGAUGUGAAGCCCCCAUUGGGGCCACCAAUGCCUAUGCCAAUGCCAAUGCCACAACCACUCGGUCCACCACCAACAACCGAUCCCUACAAUCCGCAUGCAGUUUUCGAUCCGCCGCCACCAUAUCACUCAAUCGGUGUUCCAGUCUAUCCACCUACCCCGCCAAUUCCACCUUAUAUACCACCCAGACAGCCAGCUGGUGAUGGUCCGCAACAAUCUGAUACUUGGGUUGUUUCAAGCGCCAAUUAUACGCCACAGAAUGCUGUAUACGCCGGACACGAUACUGAUAUGUCACCAAUUGUGAUUUGUCGUUGCUUUCACAAUGGUGACUUGUUACCAGGCAAAGCGAUACCGAGCCGUGCUUGCGCCUAUGUCUCUUAUGCGGGUCAGGAGAUUCAAAAAGAAAGUUUCGAGAUUCUCAUCGGUGAGGGUUACGAUUGGAUGCCGGCUUCGAAUGGUGUGUUACCACCAGGUGCUAUAGAGGCAGGUCGCACUGUUAACGGCGAAAUAUUGUAUGUGGGUAGAGCUCAUUACAGUGGCAGUCUUACACCGGGUAAAAUUCAACCUUCACACGGUGCGCUCUACAUUGCCUUCGGUGGUUGUGAGCGAAGGAUAUCCAACUAUGAAGUACUUGUACGCCGCAACAAUUUUUACCGAGAUGAAGCGAUAAAAAUCUGUUAUUGAAUGAUGAAAUGUGAUUAAUUUGUUUGUAACACAGUUUCCAUAUAUUUUAACUUACAAGUAUAUAUACACACUUACAUA